AUGCUAAACGAUAAAAGUGAUGACAAAAACCAAAAUGAAUUAUUAAACAUAAAUGAAAGGAAGGAGAAUACAAUUAAGAAUAGAGCAUUGGCACUAAAUGGACUUCAAACACAAGCAAGUGUAAUGCUGCGAUCGUCAAACCAAAAAUUUCCGUCUGCUCAAGUAGGUGAUACUGUUCGAGUGCGUGUUCCAGAUAUCGAUCGAGGACGUAUGGAUAACCAAAAUAUUUUGGCUGUUGUAAUGGACGUCGAUAAUGACUUCUACAAAUUAGGAACAAAAUAUGGAAUUAACAGUCAGCUGUACACUAGAAAUCAAUUUGUAGUGUGCAAAGAAAAAUUGAUAUCGUUAAACGACGUUUUAUCCAAUAAGACAAUGUCUUUGAGACAGGUAUCGACAGCUGCUUCCAAAAGUGGUGGCCAAGGUUAUGCACGAUGCAAUUGUAAAAAAAAAUGUAAUAUAAAAAAAUUUAAAUGUAAGAAUGGGGGAGUACUUUGCAACAGUAAAUGCCACGAUAGCUUACCAUGUUGUAAUAAAUAA